UCUAAUUCAUUAUGUUUGAAAUGUUUGUGAGGUUUACAGUAGGUUUGUCUAUAACUAUUUACAUAACAACAACAAAUGCAAUGGAUGUCUCAUUAACACAAUACUUUAGUCAUUUUUGACGGCAUGUUCAAGGGUAGACCUCAGAUUUUUGUCUUAUUCAAGGCGGGGAGCCACGGUGGCUAAGUGAGUAAGAUGCUGGCUCACUAGCCUGGAGGGCGUGUGUUCUAACCCUGCAUUGGCAGAGAAAGUUCAUCAGGGUUUUCCGCCGUGGUUUGCCUUUGGCAGUGGUGUAGGACGGAGGGCCUGACAAGGACGGCUGUCUAGUCAUUCGGAUGAGACGGAAAUCCAAGGUCUGUGUAUUCAUUGGUUUGCAUGUGAAAUAUCCCUUGGCAGUUGGAAUUCGAUGUAAGAGUAGGCCAUAGUGCCACUGGGCAAAAUUUCCCUCAUAGCACACUGUAUGCCCGUCUUCAUUAGCUCAGUCGGAGCAGAAAAGUAGGAUGUUAAACCCCAUUUCAUUUUCUUAUUCAAGGCUUUUGGUUUCAUUUCUUUGUGCGCAGUCACUGAAUACUUUAUGCCUUUAAAAUAUACAAGACUUUGUAUUAAGAUUUUAAAUUUAAGUUGUGUUUCUUGAAUAUUACGCUAAUUGUCUGUAAAUAAAAUUUAAAUCAGAUGUCGAUUCCACACCAUUUUGAUGUCGUACUACAGUAAUUUGAUGUUCAUAGCAGUAAUUUAUAUAUUUCAGGAAUACAAGUAUGAAAUAAUGGAAGAUCAUUUUAUCUGUGAACAACCACCUGUAAAUCUUGGAGAAUUUAUUAAUACAUGUAUUCUACCCUAUUUAAACAGUGAUGAAUUUAACAGCUAUACUUCAUCAAUAUCUUUAAACUUCACAUUAAAACUAUUUACUACAGUAUUAGAUAAGAGUGUCAGUAAAAGCAGAUGUGAUUGGCUGUUGGAGUUGAAUCAUAUUGUAAUCUUAUCAAUAAUUGGUGAAAUAUAUAAUGUCUGUGUUGAUGGAAUGGAGGAUUAUAAUAGGAGAAUGCUGAUUCGUCAGUCUGUUACUAAAUUUCUGACAUCUCUAAAAACUGCUUUAAAAACAUGUGGUUAUUGUGUAGAGUUAUCCAGCAUGAGUUGGUUGAUGAAAGAUAUAGAGGAAGUUAACUGGAUUGUAAAAAUAAUUCUCCAUAAAUUCCUGUCUGAUUUUAUUACUGAUGGUAAUAAUUUACAUAAAAAGUUGUUAGAAGAACUUAUGGAGUCUGUUUUUGCCCAAUCUGAUGAAAGUCUAGCACCACUCUUCCAGUUCUGUAUUUUAAAUGAUGGAACAUCUGCAAUGGUUUAUCAGCAUCUAGAUCAAUUAUCAUCACACAGUAUAACAUCUGAGUUGUUAAUAACAUCGCUCUCUAAGAUUUUAUCAAGUAGUUUAGUUGGUAGUGAAUGGAUGAGAUUGUAUCAACUAUUACAUACAAUGAUACAGAAAGAUAUACUAACUGUACCUAUUAGAAUUAUAUACCUGGAUAAAAUAAUACCUACACAUAUUCAAGAUAAUGUUUGUUUACUGGGGGCUAUACAGUUAAUAAAUGAUGUUAUAUUGAUGAUAUUACCAGUGUUAUCAGAUGGUAUAAUACAACAUAUCAUCAGAUCUUAUGCAACAUUAGUUCAGAUGAUAACCAAACAAAUGGACUUGAGAAAAACAGAACCUCAGAUAAUUAGUUUAGCAUUGGUUCAAAUAUUUAGUUAUGUUACUGUUACCAUGACGAGUGUUGCCAUAGAGAUUCAAGAUGUUAUGUUUGUAUGCCUAUUGGACAUUCUCGGAAAAAUGAAAGAAUUGAAAUUGAGAAGUGGUAUAAACAUGUCGUAUGUGAACUGUUUAAAACUAGCCAUUAAUUCAAUAUCAGAUAUUGACAUGAAAAAGACACUAGCUAAUAAAAUAAAUGGUGUUUAUUCAAAUAAAUAAAAGUUAUGUAAUUGCCUUAAAAUAAAGCCUUAUAUUGUAAA